CCAUCUUGGAAAACAUUGUGUUUUUAACUUGUUUUGAUUCCAUCUUGAGAGAGAAACGAUGUAGCCGUCAGCUUUUGUUUUGGUUUGGAGAGUUAACAGCGUUUGAAAUGAUCAGCUCGGCAACUUACAUCCUCUUUAUCAUCGCCACUUUUCCGCGCGCUCUGAAUACAGCAGAUGAAUACUGCCGUACCAUAUGUCUCCCAGAAGGACAUUUGUCAAAAAUGCUCUGCUUUGAAAGCUUUGAUUACGCCAUCUGUGCAUAUAAAAUUGUACACAGCAAUCAUUGCUGGCAAGGAGAUAAAAGAUAUGCACAAAAACUUUUGGAUGCAUUCAAUCAAUCUGGAGAGUUUAAACGCUGUGGAUACAAUUUGGACCCAAGCUCUGAAACUGGUUUUUCAUUUGAUCAAAGCCGGUCAGAUCUCGUACCCUGCUAUGCUUUAUAUAUUCCAAAGAAAACAAACAUCUGGGGUUGUGGCGGAAUUGAAGAGUGUAUGGACAAUACUCCGAAUACAACGUGCCGGCAGAAGAUGCUUUUGCUGAACUUCUGUGUUUUACUCGUAUUUGAGUCUGGAUUCUGCAUUCAAGUUAAAGAUAUAGGUCGGAAGGGUUUACUCAUCUGGAAAACAUAUCAAGAGGAAGGAUAUUUUCGCAGCUGUGGAUUAGGGUACGACCCAGUAAGUGGAAUGGUCCUUAUAAACGAAAUAACUCCCAAAAAUGCACAAAUGAAAUGCUAUAGCUUAAGUGGAGAUAUAGCUCUAGGUAUCAGCUAUUCUACAAACGGACAAGUAAAAGCUACGUUAAAAGGAAAGUCAUGGAGUAUUGUGGUAGCUGUAGCGGUCAUCGCAAGUGUUUUCAAUGAUUAAGAUCGACAGAAGUCAAGGAGAAUGUGGCUCUGAACGAGCAUAAAAUAAAGCAAAAUAUUAUAAAAUAUUAUAAGCCGAAGUUAUCUAAAGUGAUGCAGUAUAAUUAUGUGUACAUUCAGGUAGUAAAAAAAUAACAAGCUGAAUAUUUUAUUGCAAUAAACAUUUUAAUACAUG